AUGGAGGAUAUGUCUCACAGGCGAUCUGCAUCACGACCGGUCGAAGAAGCUGAGGAGAGUUCCGUAGCUAUUGAGUCGCCACUUGAGGAGGAUGAAUUGGAUGCUAAUAGCAUGAUUCUUGGCUUUGGACCGGAGUUUAUGACGAAGGGCAACGAUAAGGGAUCAGUUGGCAGGUUGAGAAAGCUUAUGACCUUAAUGGACUCCAUGAGUGCCACAGAGCUUGAUCAUCCCAAAGCAUCUGAACUGUUCUCGAAAGAGCCAAGAAGAGUGAUAAGAUCUGCACGAGGGUCGGGCACAACACAUGCGGAGGUUCGUGAUCUGUUGAGUCAGUACAAGUUCUCAGACAUGGUGAAAAAGAUGGGUUCAAUUAAGGGGUUGUUCUCGGGUAAGAACGGUGACAUCAAUCCGAAGAAGGUCAAUCCGGCGCAAAUGAUGAAGCUGAGGGUUGAGCCAGACUUCGCGGGGAAGCGGCAUGGCAAAGAUGAUGGAUCCACGGGUAUUGCAACAAAUGGGCGGAAUGGGUGGAUUGCAAAAUAUGAUGGCGCAGUUGCAAAAGCUGGCGGUGGCGAAGGCGGUGGAUUGUUUUAG